AUGGCUGUCCGCGCUCAGUUUGAGAACUCUAACGAGGUCGGCGUCUUCGCCACGCUCACUAACUCGUACGCCCUCGUCGCCCAGGGCGCCAGCGAAAACUUCUACAGCGUCUUCGAGGCCGAGCUCCAAGACAUCAUCCCCAUCGUGCGCACCACCAUUGCUGGCACGCGCAUCAUCGGGCGCCUCACCGCCGGCAACCGCAAGGGCCUGCUCGUGCCCUCGACCACGUCCGACCAGGAGCUGCAGCACCUGCGCAACUCGCUGCCCGAUGGCGUGCGCGUGCGCCGCGUCGAGGAGCGCCUCUCGGCGCUCGGCAACGUCGUCGCCGCCAACGACCACAUCGCGCUCGUCCACCCGGACAUUGAGCGCGAGACCGAGGAGGUCAUCGCCGACGUCCUCGGCGUCGAGGUCUUCCGCCAGACCGUCGCCGACAACGUGCUCGUCGGCUCCUACAUGAGCCUGUCCAACCGCGGCGGCCUGGUGCACCCCAAGACGAGCAUUCAGGACCAGGACGAGCUGUCCAGCCUGCUGCAGGUGCCGCUCGUGGCCGGCUCGGUCAACCGCGGCAGCAACGUCGUCGGCGCGGGCAUGGUCGUCAAUGACUGGCUCGCCGUCACCGGCCUUGACACCACAGCUACCGAGCUUUCGGUCAUCGAGAGCGUCUUCCGCCUCGGCGACGGCAACGGGCCUGCCAACAUCAACACCAGCAUGAAGGAUACCAUGGUCGAAAGCUUCUACUAA